AGUAGUAACAGGUGUGAGUAACCUGAUACGUAUAACCUCAAUCAAGUCUUCUAAAGGCACAAAAUGAAAGAAUAUCUGUUGAAAAACCAUCGAGAAGAAUUAGAAGAAAUUUUGGACAGCUUGGACAUCAGCGGUUUCUAUUCAAUCUACAUAAACUUUGUAUCACUGUUUGAAUAUGAUACAGAUAUGGCACAAAAGAUUUUACAAUAUCCCAGAUAUUAUCUACCACUUUGCGAUGAAUCAGUUGUGGAAGCUCAACAGGAGUUGGCAAAACCAGAACAAGUUGUUAAAAAGAAAGUACGCAUCAGAGUUACUGCUGUACCACUGACAGUGGACCAGGGACAAAUUGGGCAACUUGUUUCAACAAGUGGCAUUGUAGUAAGAAUGUCCCAGCCUUCAGUACUAAAGCUUGUCCAAAGAUACAGCUGCAAGAAGUGCCAGCACAUUAAUCACAUUAAAUAUGAAUGGGAGAGACAAACUUUUGGAGAUAUCUCAGAGUGUGAAGCAUGCAAUGCGACAAAAUUAAAAGCCAUCAAUGAGUUUGAUGUAGAAGAUUCCUCAGAUUGCCAAGAAAUCAGAGUACAAGAAAAGGGUAAAACAGAUACCAGGUACUUGGUAGAGGAACUGAAAAUCACCCUGCUGGAUGAUUUAGUUGAUAAAUGCAGACCAGGAGAUUAUGUCGAAAUCAGUGGUGUAAUAGUGCGAAUAUGGGGACCCUUAGAACCUGGUGAACGUUUAGAAGCUACAACCAUGAUGAUAGCAAACAGCGUAACAGUCCGGCGGAAGAUAUCCGACACAUCCUCCAGCCAAGAGAUGAAAGACAUUUUCGAAAAUUAUUGGGAAAAGUACAACGACAACCCUUUGCUUGGUAGAGACAAUAUUCUUGCAUCGAUUUGCCCUCAGCUCUAUGGGAUGUACACUCCAAAGUUAGCCCUAGCCGUUGUCCUAGCCGGGGGUGUGACUAAAUACAACGACAACGGAACACGUGUACGGGGAGAGCCGCAUCUUCUGUUAGUCGGUGAUCCUGGAACUGGCAAGUCGAAACUGCUUCGCGCAGCAACUCGUUUGGCUGUGAGGUCUGUUUUUACAACCGGAGUUGGAUCAACUGCAGCUGGACUAACAGCAACUGCUGUCAGAGACUCGGACGGCUGGCAUUUAGAAGCUGGGGCACUGGUGUUAGCGGAUGGCGGAAUAUGCUGCGUGGAUGAGUUCACCACGAUGAGUUCACACGACAGGACAUCCGUGCACGAAGCCAUGGAGCAACAAACGAUAUCAAUCGCCAAAGCUGGAUUAGUUAGCACGUUGAACUCGAGGUGUUCGGUGAUUGCAGCCAUCAAUCCAGCCGGUGGUCAAUUUGGUGCCGAGGACGAAGAGUGGGAAACGAGCUUAGGUGAUCCUCUUCUGUCUCGUUUCGACUUGAUAUUGCUUCUGAAGGAUAACAGGAAUCCGGAAUGGGACAAGCUAACGUCGGACCACAUUUUGAAGGCUGCUUGCGAAGUUAACGAAAGCCUGGCUCAGAUAGACUCGAAGAAUCACAUCGAGCUUUUGAAGACUGAAGGUCUAUGGAAGGAAGACAGUUUGAGGGAAUAUUUGGCCUAUGUGCAUUCCCUGCAACCAACACUGACAAAAGAGGCAGAAAUGGUACUUAGGGCAACUUAUCUUUAUCACAGAUCACAUCCGGAUAGAAGAGAAGAAAGGACUACUGUACGGCUCUUGGACAGUCUUAUUAGGCUAGCCGAAGGACAUGCUAGAUUAAUGUUUAGAUCGAGGAUUGAACUUAUGGAUGCCAUAUUCGUGGCAAAAUUAGUUGGAACAGGAACAUCGUCAGAGGUGGAUCCCGGUUGUUCGUUUCCAACAGACCCGAUUGCCACUUAUCGAUUCGAAGGUCAAAAAUUACUGAGGACUCUCGGUUUAGAAAACUUGGAAACUUUGUUAUAGAUAUUGGUAUUUAAGAGGAGUCACCGUGGAAAGGAAAUUUCUUAUGAGUAAACUAAAUAUUUAUUUGUCAAUUUUUUUGUUUUGUUCACUGCUUACAUAAGUACAAAUGUACCAGCGUGUAUUUAUAAAAUUUAAACAUCUUUUUUUAAAUAUUUUUAUACAAAACGAAUUAGUCUAUUGUUAACCGCUAUAUAA